GAGAGGGCGUCAAGAAGUUUGAGCCCCUCACAAGUAUGUGUGGAUUAAUCUGUCGUUUUCGAUGGGAUUGUCUUUCGGGAAACCUCUUUAGACGGUGAAAACAAGUGGCUUUUAACUCGUCACCGGGGGGACAUAGCUAUCCGAGCCAUGGAGGCUGAUUUAAAGGCUGUGCGGGUGAUUCCUUAAAUUAGCAAAGGCUGGCUAACAAAAUCUUUUCUUUAUAUGCGCGCAACUGGAUUAUGACCGGCAUCGCCAAGCAUUUUAUUGACUUUUCUGACCUUUCAAGUAUUUAUUUUUUUCGUCGAUGUGCGUCGGGAUGGUUAAACGCGUUGGAUUCGGUGUGAUCUGGGUUGGAUUGGUCGGUGUGUGAGCACACAGAAAGAGAAAGUGCUAUUUGAGCUAACUGUGCUACAGUAGUGCUAAAAGUGGCUUUCAAAUGUUGUUCUUUGUUAGCCAGGGACUGAAACACACGCAUUUCAGAUCGAUCAAAGUGGAAUAUUAAAUGCCUAACCCUGAUAUCGUUCCCCGCGAAGGCCGGGGGAGAAGCCCUCUGGCACAAAGGAGCCAGAAAGAGGAGCGACGGAGUAAGACCGGGGGCCACCGGGAGAGGCACCGGGUGAAGGGCCGAUCAUCAUCAUCCUCCCGGAGGAAAAGACACAAGCACGCCCGGGAGAGGCAGCAGCUGUGGCAACAGCAAGAGGUGGUUUAUGAUCGCGUUGACGGGGAUACACGGACUCUGGUGGAGUAUGAUGAUGUGAGCUCGCAGUCCGAGCGCUUCUCCGGCAGCCCGUCACCCAGAACCGACACGCCGCCUGUGGACCGGCUGAGCGAAGCCGAUCUCCAGGACUCCAGCUUCGGCGGAGCUUCCACUCCGGACAGGAGAAGCAGGAGAGAGCACAAUUCCUCUUACCCGAGGAGGGAAGAAAGCGGCGGAUUGGCAGAGAGAGGUAGACCGGAGAGGGAGAUGAAGAGGAAGGAGCGAGACGUGGCGUUAAAAUCUCGCAGCGGCGUGAGAAAUCACGACAGUAACGGGAGGAAGCCUUCAUCAGCCUCGUCCCAAACAGACAAAAGGGAGUCCAAGCAGCACAAAAGCAGGUCCAAGUCUGAGAAAGACCCCCCUUCUGCGUAUAGGGAAACGCCACAAGCCUACAGGGACGACCGGGAAGAAGUCCGGGCCUACAGGAGAAGCAGUCCGAGCUUCAAAGCGGCGGAUAGUCCCUACGGGACAUCGUACUCCUAUGGCUACCAGUCCCCUAAUACAAACUUCCCAUUUAUAUCCAGGAAAAGCCCCAGGAGACAAUCUCCUAACUCGACCUACUACGGUCGGGAGUCAGAGUUGUACGGUGCCUAUAACGUUUCAAAGUCGCCGAGUAAUUCGUUCUUGAGUAAUAAGAGGAAGCGCUCGCCGUCCAGCCCGUACUGGCGCAGGUCUCCGAGCUAUGGCCGCCACAGUCCCUUCGAGCAGGGCGAGUUCACCUCCAGCCCGUACGGCCAGCGGAGACGCUCCAGGAGCCCUAGCCCGAACAACAGACGGACAGGAAAAUCACGUAGCCGGAGCCCAUACCAGUCGUUGCGUCGUUCUCGCUCACGCAGUCGCCACCGCCACUCGCGAUCCCGCAGCCGCCCCUCCAGCCUCUCCCCCAGCACACUGACCCUGAAGAGCAGCCUGGCCGCUGAACUCUGCAAGCAGAAGAAAGCUAAAGCCGCUGAGGCUGCUCGUGUCAAAAACUCCAGCAAUGCCUCAACACCCACAAAGUGCUCCUCAUCCUCCUCCAGUGCCCCACAGCCCAGCCCUAUCACCAACCACUCAGCCAAGAACACUAGACCUCCCUCACCACCACCUGUGUCUGAGAAAGGCCCCAGAACUCCUGUGACUAGUCAGCCGCAGUCCCCUGUGGAUAGACCUGCUAAAAGGAUCUUGGACACCUCGCAGUCCAGUAGAGAAAGCAAGGUAAAGGAGGAGAAGAAGAAAGGAGGCCAGUCCACACAGGUAAAAGAGAAGGACAAGGAGAAAGCAGCUGGUCCUGCGGUCACCUCCCAGAGCGCUCUUCCUCCGGCACCCAACAACCUGGAUCAUAUGGAUGGAAUCGACAGAAGCUUGAAGAACCCUUCACCUGCUCUCACAGGAAAGAAGAAACCAGAGAGGAAAGCCCGUCACCUUCUCUCUGACCUCCCUCUUCCUCCAGAGCUCCCUGGCAUCACGUCGGGUUCACCCCUCAGCCCGCCAGAUGAAAAAAAGACCCACACCCCACGCAAGAGACCAAAAAUUUGUGGUCCACGCUUUGGGGAGAUCAAGGAGACAGAGAUAGACUGGGGCAAACGGUGUGUUGACAAGUUUGAAAUCAUUGGAAUCACAGGAGAAGGUACUUACGGACAGGUGUACAAAGCCAAGGACAAAGAUACUGCUGAGUUGGUGGCCUUAAAGAAGGUCCGCUUAGACAACGAGAAGGAGGGCUUUCCCAUCACAGCCAUCAGGGAGAUCAAGAUCUUGCGGCAGCUCAACCACAAGAGCAUCAUCAACAUGAAGGAGAUAGUCACAGAUAAAGAGGACGCAUUGGACUUUAAGAAUGACAAAGGGGCAUUCUACCUGGUGUUUGAGUACAUGGACCACGACCUGAUGGGGCUCCUGGAGUCUGGUCUUGUCCACUUUAAUGAGAGCCACAUCAAAUCUUUUAUGAGGCAGCUGCUUGAGGGACUGGAUUACUGCCACAAGAAGAACUUCCUGCACAGGGACAUCAAGUGCUCCAACAUACUGCUCAAUAACAAAGGUCAGAUAAAGCUGGCAGAUUUUGGAUUGGCUAGACUCUACAACUCUGAAGAGAGCCGGCCCUACACCAAUAAAGUGAUCACACUGUGGUACCGCCCACCUGAGCUGCUGCUAGGAGAAGAGCGGUACACGCCCGCCAUCGACGUGUGGAGCUGUGGAUGCAUUCUGGGAGAGCUCUUCACUAAGAAGCCAAUUUUUCAGGCCAACCAGGAGCUAGCACAACUAGAACUGAUAAGCCGUAUCUGUGGCAGCCCAUGUCCCGCCGUAUGGCCUGACGUGAUCAAGCUGCCCUACUUCAACACCAUGAAACCAAAGAAACAGUAUCGGCGGAGGCUAAGAGAAGAGUUUGCUUUUAUUCCUCUCAUGGCCCUGGAUUUGUUUGACCACAUGUUGGCUCUGGACCCCAGCAAGCGCUGCACUGCAGAACAAGCUCUCAACAGUGACUUCCUCAAAGAUGUGGAUCCAGAAAAGAUGCCCCCACCUGAUCUCCCUUUGUGGCAGGACUGCCAUGAAUUGUGGAGUAAGAAACGGCGCAGACAAAAACAGAUGCCUGAAGAGCUAACUGCCCCCAAAGCCCCACGGAAAGAGCUGGGUCUGGAUGACAGCCGCAGCAACACCCCACAGGGCUUCCCUACUGCUGGAGGACACAAAGGGCAAAGUGUUGCUGCUACUACAGCCCUGUUGGACCCUAAAGGUCCCAACUCACAACUGACACAAGAACAGCUGGCUGUGCUUUUGAACCUCUUCCAGUCUAAGAGCGCUCCAGUGGGAUCGGCCCAGUUUGCCCAGACAGUGGGCUCUAAAAUGAACCCAGAGGUGCUACAGCAGCUUACUAUGGCUUUGCCCCCUUGUCCAUUAGAGUCUGAAAGACCCCCUGAACCACCUCCACUCCCGAAAGUCUCCAAACCUCCUCAGCCGCCUCCAUCAGGGGGCGGAGCACCCCGCACCCCACCCAUGCAGAAGCCCCCUUCACCACCAACCCCUAAGCAGCAAGGCAAGACUGACGGAGAGGCUUCAGCUGCAGCCACGCAGACCGCUGUCACCAUGCUCCUCGCACAACUUCUCAAAGUCCAGCAAGGUGCGGCAGGAGAGGUCAUCGGGUUCGAGGGGGCAGAGAGCACCACCGCAAAGGCAGUGUGUGGGAGCACUGCACCCCCAUUGCCACCGGAGAUAAAACUGCCACCUGAGCCCAGCCCUGUAUCUCCAGUGACUGAAGGUGGCAGCUUGUCCUCCAGAGGUCUGGAGCCAAUGUCCAUUCUCCCACCAGACCAGAGACCACCUGAACCCCCGGAACCCCCUCCUUGUGCAGACCUGGACUACCGACAAGCCCCCGAGCCCAAGCCAAGUCUGCCUUCUUCCACUGCCCCAGGAGAAGCUCCUAGACCUCCAGAACCUGACUAUCCACCCCCACCUCGACCCACAGACUACAGCCGGCCACCUCCGCCCUUUUCCGGCUUUACAGAUAGCUACCUCGGCCACAUGAUGGGGGGAGGAAUGCACCCCCACACACCUCUCGCCCCAGAGACAUUUCCUCAUGGAGGUGUGGCUGGUGGCGGCAGAGGCGCUGGAGGUGGCUGUAUGGUGUUCAGCGGAGACAAGGACCAUCGCUUUGAGUACAACCACAGCCCACUUCCUGUGGGCCCUGGGCCCCCACCUCCUUCCAUACUCCCGCCCCCUCCAGGCCAAGCCUGGACUUCACCAUCCCAGUCAGGGGCACCACCCCUCCCGCUCGGGUAUGUUUCCCAUGUGAACACAGCGGCACUGAGGGGCAGAGGACUCCCUUAUUGAUUGGCUCAGAAGCUACACAAUGAACUUACUAAUGCCUCAGAAGACUUUAAAAGACAGAUGCAGUUGCCCUCAAGCCAGCACUAAGUGGACUAAAAGCUCACUUGAUUUGUAAUAUUUCUAAUAAUAAGGUAUCCGAGGGCACUCGAGUAACAGCUUCAGGUUACAACUGGAGGGAUGAACUGUUUAUGAGGGGAAUUUUGCGCUUCCCGCUCAUACCAUUUCGAGAAAUGUUUUUAGUUUUCCCUCCAAAUGAUUUUGUAAUCUAUUCUACUGCUGUCUUUUAAAUUAAAAUUUGAGUGUCCAUUUACCAUGCCAGGGUAAGUGUUUUUAUGACCUGUACCUUAGUGUUUCAUUUAAAUGCCUAAGGACAGACUAGUAUUACAAUGUUUUGCACUACUGAAUAAAGUAGGUGGAAACAAACAAAGGUGUGAAAUAAUGUGCUGUAUCUGCACACAUUACAAAUGACCCUUAAUGUAAGGGGUUUUUUUUCUUUCUGUUUUUGGCCAUUUUCUUUUCUCCUAAUGAUUCAACGAUUAUGGGCUCUUGUCACAAGGUUUAAAUUCACUGGAGGGGCUCUUAAAGGACAAUAGAUAGACUUAUAGCACUUGAUUGAGUGAUUAGCCUUGUUUGAGCUGGUGUAGCUACUGAAUAAGUGAUCAAAUCAAAGUUGUUUUUUAUUUAGUUCCCCACCAGAUCUUGUCUAUAGCAUUGUAAAAUUAAAGGCAAGAAUCAUUUAACCAGUUUCCAGGAGAUAAGCAACAAUGCUUUUUUUUUUUUUUUUUGUAUCAAGAUGCCCAACCCCCCCCCACCCCUCCUUUGGCAAUUGUUUAUUAAAGAAAAGCCAAUGUAAUAUGUACUGGUAUUUUUAAUUGUGCAUUAAUAUUUAAAUAUACACAUGUACACCACCUUUUGUUUAGGGAAUGUUUACAAAUGUCAUCACUGACUUUUAAGAAGCAGUCCUAUCCAAAAGGCAUAUUAACACCAUUAAUAUUUUAAAUAAUUCAUGAGAAAAUUGUAAGAUCUGUUUUUGUGUAAUUCUUAGACAAAUUAAUUAAUUUGAAGAUUGAAUCCAAGCAAGCUCUUCAGUGAUAUAUACAUGAAUUAACUCACUUUGUCAUUACUAAAGUAUAGAGAAGAUUUCACUAAAUUUGUAAGGUUGGUUUACAUCAGGAUGAGUUCCUCUUAUUAUUCAAAGGCUGUGUAUGCUACACCCAGAACCCGUCUAUCAAGAUGAGCCACCAAGCUUGGCAUAAAAUAGCAUAACGUGGUGGUCCCAUAGACAUUUUAUUGGACAUUUUACCCAAAUUACUUUUAUUGGGCUGUGAUAAAAAUGGAUGGGCCAACAUUUAGCUAAACUUUUAAACAAACAAAAACACUUUUCACACUUUCUGAAAUCAGUCAAUGCAUUUUUUUUUUUUUUACAAUUUUAUAAAUAUAAAUUUGAAGUCAAAGAAUGAUCUCUAAUAUUCUGGGUGGGCCUGAUUCUAAUUUGGAUGCCUAGGCCAAAACUUGGCUACCACUGUUCUAUGGGCAGUACACUGACGAGCAGA